UUGCAGUGCCCAUCCUUUUGGCAACAAACAUUUGAGCUCUACCUGAACUGAAGGUGGAGUAUGUUCUAUUUCAAAUAUCAGAAGGAAUCUAGACUGUCAAUGAAGUACUGAAUGACACUGGACAAAGGGAAGGUGUUUUCCCUAGACUGAGAGAGGGCAUGCACCAACCACUGUGGACCCCUUGCCUUCUUGCUGCAAGCAAGGAUCUCCUGAAGGGAUGCUGGAGCAGGAGUCAGCUGUGCAGGCUGAUGCUGCAACCAGUUUCUUGAGAGCUGCAAGAUCUGGGAAUCUGGACAAAGCCUUGGAUCACCUCAGGAAUGGGGUAGAUAUUAACACCUGUAACCAGAAUGGGCUGAACGCCUUGCACCUGGCCUCCAAGGAGGGCCAUGUGAAAAUGGUGGUGGAGCUGCUGCACAAGGAAAUAGUUUUGGAGACAACAACCAAGAAGGGAAACACAGCCCUGCACAUUGCUGCCUUGGCUGGACAACAGGACGUGGUCCGGGAGCUGGUGAACUAUGGGGCCAACGUCAAUGCACAGUCCCAGAAAGGCUUCACACCCCUCUACAUGGCAGCGCAAGAGAACCACCUGGAAGUUGUGAAAUUCCUGCUGGAAAAUGGAGCCAACCAGAAUGUAGCCACAGAGGAUGGCUUCACUCCACUAGCUGUGGCUCUCCAGCAAGGACAUGAAAAUGUGGUUGCUCAUCUUAUCAACUAUGGGACAAAGGGUAAGGUCCGUCUGCCUGCCCUGCACAUCGCAGCCCGCAAUGAUGACACUCGCACAGCCGCUGUGCUGCUGCAGAAUGACCCCAAUGCCGAUGUCCUCUCCAAGACUGGAUUCACCCCUUUGCACAUUGCAGCCCACUAUGAGAAUCUCAGUGUGGCCCAGUUACUACUGAACCGUGGAGCCAGUGUCAACUUCACACCCCAGAAUGGGAUCACUCCCCUGCACAUAGCUUCCCGCCGGGGCAACAUCAUCAUGGUGCGGCUGCUGCUGGACCGCGGGGCCCAGAUAGAAACAAGGACCAAGGAUGAGCUGACCCCUCUCCACUGUGCAGCACGCAAUGGACAUGUGAGAAUUGCAGAGAUCCUGCUGGACCAUGGGGCUCCCAUUCAAGCCAAAACCAAGAACGGCUUGUCGCCGAUCCACAUGGCAGCACAGGGUGACCACCUGGACUGCGUCCGCCUGCUCCUGCAGUACAGCGCUGACAUUGACGACAUCACCCUGGACCACCUCACGCCCCUGCACGUGGCUGCACACUGUGGACACCACCGUGUGGCCAAGCUGCUGGUGGAGAAGGGGGCCAAGCCCAACUCUCGAGCCCUGAAUGGCUUCACGCCCCUCCAUAUUGCCUGCAAGAAAAACCACAUCCGUGUGAUGGAGCUGCUGCUGAAGACAGGUGCCUCCAUUGACGCUGUCACAGAGUCCGGCCUGACCCCCCUGCAUGUGGCUGCCUUCAUGGGACACCUGCCCAUUGUCAAGACUCUGCUGCAGCGUGGAGCCUCUCCUAAUGUAUCCAACGUGAAAGUAGAGACUCCUCUACACAUGGCAGCCCGAGCUGGGCACACAGAUGUGGCCAAGUACCUGCUGCAGAACAAAGCCAAAGCCAAUGCUAAGGCCAAGGAUGACCAGACUCCUCUGCACUGUGCUGCACGCAUUGGCCACACUGGCAUGGUCAAACUCCUUUUGGAGAACAACGCCAACCCCAACCUGGCCACCACAGCAGGGCACACACCCCUGCACAUCACUGCCAGAGAGGGGCACAUGGACACAGCCCUGGCCCUGCUGGAGAAGGGAGCCUCUCAGACCUGCAUGACCAAGAAAGGAUUUACCCCUCUCCACGUUGCAGCCAAGUAUGGAAAGGUGGAUGUGGCAGAGUUGCUGUUGGCACAUGACGCUCACCCCAAUGCAUCAGGGAAGAAUGGCCUGACUCCACUGCAUGUGGCUGUGCACCACAACAACCUGGAGAUUGUCAAACUCCUGCUUCCCAAGGGGAGCUCCCCACACAACUCAGCCUGGAAUGGGUACACCCCCCUUCACAUCGCUGCCAAGCAGAACCAGAUGGAAGUGGCCAGCAGCCUGCUGCAGUAUGGGGCUUCUGCAAAUGCUGAGUCUAUGCAGGGAGUCACUCCCCUCCACCUGGCUUCCCAGGAGGGCCAUGCAGACAUGGUGGCACUGCUUUUCUCCAAACAAGCCAACGGCAACCUAGGCAACAAGAGUGGCCUGACUCCUCUCCAUCUUGCAGCCCAAGAGGGGCAUGUGCUAGUUGCUGAUGUUCUAGUGAAACAUGGAGUCACAGUGGAUGCAAUGACCAGGAUGGGCUAUACCCCGCUGCAUGUGGCCAGCCAUUAUGGGAACAUCAAGCUGGUGAAAUUCUUGCUGCAGCACCAAGCGGAUGUCAAUGCUAAGACUAAGCUGGGCUACACCCCCCUGCACCAAGCAGCACAGCAGGGCCACACGGAUGUGGUAACACUGCUGCUGAAGCAUGGCGCAUCCCCCAACGAGAUCAGCACGAAUGGCACCACUCCCCUGGCCAUUGCAAAGCGGCUUGGCUACAUUUCUGUCACAGACGUGCUCAAGAUUGUCACAGAGGAAACCGACAUCCCGUCAGUUGGCGACAAGCACCGCAUGAGCUUCCCAGAGACCGUAGAUGAGAUUCUGGAUGUAUCAGAGGAUGAAGGCACUGCUCAUGUCACAGUAAUGGAGGAAGAGCUGAUUGCACCAAAACCCAAGACACCUGAUCUCGGAGACCAGGAAGGCAAAAGGGAGAGACUGGAGUUCAUGACCACAGCGAUACUAGAGCAAACGGUGGAGUCUCCAGCUGUCCUGCAGGUCCCCUGCAUCCCACCUGAAACUGUAGUGACCAGAGCUGAGGAGACUGAGCAGGUAGGACCUGUGGAGACAGAAGCUGAGCAAGUCAGCCUGCUGCAUGCACCCUCGGUGUCCCCACAGGAGCCCUCCAAAGAGUUCGACGAGGACUCCCUGAUCCCCAGCAGCCCUGCCACUGAGACCUCGGAUAACAUCAGCCCGGUGGCCAGCCCUGUGCACACGGGGUUCCUGGUAAGCUUCAUGGUGGAUGCUCGUGGUGGCUCCAUGCGGGGCAGCCGGCACCAUGGUCUGCGUGUGGUCAUCCCGCCCCGUGCCUGUGCUGCACCGACCCGCAUCACCUGCCGCCUGGUGAAGCCCCAAAAGCUACCUGCACCCCCACCACUGGCUGAGGAGGAGGGUCUGAGCAGUCGGAUCAUUGCUCUGGGGCCUGCUGGUGCCCAAUUCCUCAGCCCUGUCAUUGUGGAGAUUCCACACUUUGCCUCGUAUGGACGUGGAGACCGUGAGCUGGUAGUGCUGCGCAGUGAGAACGGCUCUGUCUGGAAGGAGCACCGCAACCGCUAUGAGGAGAGCUACAUGGACCAGCUGCUCAAUGGCAUGGACGAGGAGCUGGAGAGCCGGGAGGAGCUGGAUAAGAAGAGGGUCUGCCGCAUCAUCACCACCGACUUCCCUCUCUACUUCGUGGUCAUGUCCCGGAUUUGCCAGGACUGUGAUAUGAUUGGCCCUGAAGGAGGGUGUUUGAAAAGCACACUGGUGCCCAUGGUACAGGCCACCUUCCCAGACACUGCUGUCACCAAAAGAGUGAGGCUGGCCCUGCAGGCACAGCCUGUGCCUGAUGAGUUGGUGACUAAGCUGCUGGGGAACCAAGCGACCUUCAGCCCCAUUGUCACAGUGGAGCCACGACGGAGGAAGUUUCACCGCCCCAUUGGCCUCCGUAUCCCACUGCCACCAUCCUGGAAGGACAAUCCCCGAGACAGUGGUGAGGGUGACACCACCAGCCUACGUCUGCUCUGCAGUGUGAUUGGAGGGACAGCCCAAGCCCAGUGGGAAGACAUAACAGGCACCACAAAGCUGGUCUAUGAAAAUGAGUGUGCUAACUUUACCACCAAUGUGUCUGCCAGGUUCUGGCUGGCCGACUGCCCACGCACAGCUGAGGCUGUGCACUUUGCCACCAUGCUGUACAAAGAGCUGACAGCCGUGCCCUACAUGGCCAAAUUUGUGGUGUUUGCCAAGAUGAACGAUGCACGAGAAGGCCGGCUGCGCUGCUACUGCAUGACUGAUGACAAGGUUGACAAGACUUUAGAGCAGCAUGAGAACUUCACUGAGGUGGCCCGCAGCAGGGACAUUGAGGUGGUGGAGGGAAUGCCUUUGCAUGUCGAACUCUCAGGGAACCUGGUGCCUGUCAAGAAGGCUGCUCAGCCCCGCACCUUCCUCUUCCAGUCCUUCCGGGAGAAUCGUCUUGUCAUCCCCAUCAAGGUCCGGGACAGCAGCCGGGAAGCCAGUGGCUCCCUGUCUUUCUUGCGCAAGGCCAUGAAAUACGAAGACCUCCAGCAUGUGCUCUGCCACCUGAACAUCAGCAUACCACCCUGCACCAAGGGCAGUGGCAGUGAUGAGCGAAGGAGGACACUGACGCCAUUGUCUCUGCGGGAGCGAUACAGCAUUCUAAGUGAGACCAGUUUUGGGUCUCUGAGCAGCACAGACAAGGCAGACCAGAAGAUGGUUGACAUAGCAGAACAGCUGGGCCUCAGCUGGGCCGAGCUGGCACGUGAGCUGCAGUUUGGGGUGGAUGACAUCAACAGGAUACGUGUGGAGAACCCCAACUCCCUUCUGGAGCAGAGCAUAGCCUUACUCAACCUCUGGGCCAGCCGCGAGGGCAAGAAUGUCAAGAUUGAGAACCUGUACACGGCACUGAGGAACAUUGACCGCAGCGAGAUUGUCAACAUGCUGGAGGGCUCGGGUCGGCUGAGCCGCAGCCUGAAGGGAAGCUGGCGCUACACGGACAGAGACUACUCCCUCUCACCAUCCCAGAUGAAUGGUUACGCUUCACUGCAGGACGAGCUGCUGUCCCCUGCCUCCCUGCAUUACACACUGCCAUCCCCGCUGCGUGCCGACCAGUACUGGAAUGAGGUGGCCAUCAUGGAUGCUAUCCCCAUGGCUGCCACUGAGCAGGAUGCCCUGAUGGAGAUGUCCGACAUGCAGGUGUGGUCCUCAGGGCUCACCCCCUCGCUGGUGACUGCUGAGGACUCCUCUCUGGAGUGCAGCAAGGCUGAGGACUCGGAUGCCACAAGCGAAGGCCGGUUCCCAGGGCAACUUCUAGCAGAUGCUCAUGGCCCAGACCACAUGGGCUCUAUGGACCUGGUUGAGGAUGACACAGUGGACUCAGAUGCCAUGAAUGGCCUGAUUGACCUUCUAGAGGAGGAGGGGCAGAGGCCAGAGGGGAAGAUGCCAUCUGGUGAUCAUCAACCAGGGACUGGGGAGCAGGACCCGGAGAGUGAAGUCUCUUUUGUUUCAGUUCAGCAGAAGGUGCAAGCCAGGAUCAUGACAUCACCUACCUUUAGCCAUGCUGUGGAGAAGAGUGCAGACAGGCUGAGGGACUGGAAUGCAGAAGGCUCCUUUAUCUCCUGCCUACAGGACCUGACAGCGGGCUCCUGGCAGGAGGGAGUCACCCAAAAGCUGCUCCCAACGCACACCACAGCCUCCGGGGCACAGGGCCAGGAGCAAGAGCAGGUCCUGAUGCCAGCCAUGGAGCUGAUGCGGAUCAGCUCUACAGAGGACAGCGACCGGCAGCCUCAGCACCCCACAGGCGGCUGGCAGGAGGAGGCCGACAGCCGCUUCUUUGGGCAGGGGAAUGAAGCCCUUCAUCUCCCUGGAGAGCAGGUGACUGAGGAGCAGUUCACAGAUGAUCAAGGCAAUAUCAUCACCAAGAAGUCACGGCGCUUCUCCAGCUCAUGGGACACACAGAGGCUGCACACCAAGUGCAGUUUAGGACCAGACUGGGUGAGGAGGGAGUCACGGUGCCCUGGGGCCAGCUGUGACGCCCAGCUGUGUGGGUCUCCACAGAUUAUCCGGAAGGUGGUGCGUCAUCUGGGCCCUGGUGUCAUGGAUGACAGGCAGGAACAGGAGGAGCUGAUUCUGGAGGGCUCCCUACAGGAGCCCCAAGACCUGGAGGCUGAGGAUGAUCACUUCAUGAAAUACUCCAUCUUGCGUCAGGAUGGUCUGGGUGCCAAGGAGGAGGUGCGAGUGCGUGUCCCGAAACCAGAGGUCUCUGGGGGCAGGAUGGGGGCUCAGAUAGUGAAACGAGCCAGCCUGAAAAGGGGGAAGCAGUGACCCCUCAAAUGGCCUCUUUUGAGGAUCACACCUCAACACCAAACCACUGAACUUCACACACGUUCUGACACAUACCUGAGAAGAGAAGAGAAGAAAGGAGAGGAGAGCAGAGAGUGGAGGGGAGCAGGGCUGGCUGUACAUGUUUCUAUAAGCUAAUGGCAUGAUUUCUGUAUGAGACAUACUUACCGUCCUAUCCGCAUGACUGACUGACUGCAAGACGCAUGAGCUACAGUACUUAAAACUGACGAGGGGCCUCUAUCCCUGCCCCGCUGCUGCCAGGAGCCCAGAGACAGCACCACACACCAGGGGUAUGCUCUCAGCUCCUUUGGGAGACAAGAGCUGGAGUAGAAGGAAAUGAGAUGGAAAGAGAUUCCACAUCUGUGUGAUUGUGUGUGUAGAUGCAUCCCCAAGUCUGUGCUCCAGCUGUAAGAGGAAAGCUGGGACAGCAUGGUGCUGCUCACCACAGAAGAAGAGGUGCUUGCCCCCCUGCAAAUGCCUGUGCUGCCUCUGCUGGACUUGCUUCUCGUCCCUCCCUGUGAGUGUUGGGCUUUGGGGAGGGCAGCAGAGGCCAGAGGGUGCAAGGGGAGGCUGCAGGGAGCACAGCUGCCCUGGGCAGAGGGACUGGUGCAGGGCUGCCCUUCCUCUCCCCAGCACGUGCAAAGUCUCCCGCCAGGGCAGAGCUCUGGGCUGAGCACUGAGCUCCUUGCUUAUGUUGAAAGUGUAAACUGUACAGCAAUCAGCCUUGUGUAUAUGAACCAAUAAAUACUAUGCAAACCCCUAGGGACACUCUAGCAGUAUGUACAAAGCACUAACAGCUCUGCUCUCAAAUACCUCUUCAGGCUGCAGGAUGGGCAAAGCCUUUGGAAUAUGUGAGCAGCUCUGGUGAAUGGAGCAGGAAGGCUAUAGGAGUGGGAGGGCAGCAGCCCAUCCCUGUCCUGUGCCACUCUGCCUGAGCCUGGCCCCUUCCUGGCCUGAAGAGGGGGGGCUAGAGGUGCAGUCCCAUGGUCUAGCCCCAGUUUGUGUUGGAUCCACCUGGAUUGAAGCUGUAGGCCUGUGCUGAGGUUCUUGGAGCCCAGGGAGGAUGUGCAGUGAGAGAGCAGGGGGUGCUUGUGCCACACGUGGGGUCGUGCCUAGCUCUACUCAGCACAAUAUCUGCUCAGGAGAUGAGCCAGGAGCUAGCAAUAGCCAACAGCCGUGCAAUACGCACCCCAGGCAAGGGCUUUGCAGGGACCCUGGCCUCCCUGCAAGGGGCGUUAUAGCCCUGCAUACUGACCCUCUCGGGACCAAUCCCAGAGACAUGGGGUCUGCUGCCCUGGGGCUGGGGCAGCCUCGGGCCGGCUGCUCUAGCAGGAGAGCAGCACAGGGCAGAGCGCUCAGAGUCUGGGCAGUAGGUUGAAUCUGUUGUAAUACCUGACCCGAGGAGCACAGGGUGCAGGUAGUGGCACUUGGUCACAGGUCCCUGACCCUGUCCUUUACCAAACUGAUACAGGGACCUGGCCUUUGUAGCACAGUGAUGUGGGGACGCCCUGCUCUUUCUCCUGGAAGUGGCCAUGAACCUGCUUUGCUGAGUCUGAGUUUGUUCUCCAUGGCCAGGUGCAGAGCAAGUGCACCUCCAGCUUCAGGCCAUGUGGCCUUGGCAGGGCAGCCCUCCCUUUCAGUGGGUACACAUCUGCUGGGAGAGCCCCUGGCUGCCCUGCGGCCAAGAAGCCUCGCUCCAGCAAAGCGACUGACCCAGAUUAGCCUUGGAGAGCAAAGCAGUCCCCUCCCCACCCCAAAGUUGAGCCAUAUAGGCACAGACUCUUCAUCCGUCACCCUUGCUGCGUACAAUAACCUCCCUAGACCCACUGCAACAGCUGACUCCGUAGCAUCACCCUAGAGUUGUGUGUGGGUCCAGUGCUUUGGCCUUGUGUAUGCCGUAGGGAAUGUGCUGUCUGCAACCGUGCCAGGCACCUGCAGUGACAUUGCUUUGCGCUCAGAUUGCUUGUAGGGCUGGUAGGGGGAGGCUGCACCCAACAUUGAGCCUAGAGAAUGCUGCAGUCUGCACACUAGAAGCUUUUUAGAAGUUUUAAAAAUUACUUUUAUUUUCUUUUUUUAAUUGUUAUGGAAACAAGCCUUUUGGAUCUCCCUGUCUUAGGCCCUGAUGUAUAGAUCAUUUCCCUGUACACCAGCUAACAGACUAUGAAUUAAUAAAUAAAUCAACACAG